ACUCAUUAAUGCAGUCAGUCAGUGAACCAGCUCGCUCCUCGCCUCCACCCUCACCCACACACGGCUCUCCAUACCCGGACGCGCCGCCGUCAAUGCGGGCUGCUUGGCGCACUGGCAGCGGCCGUGGGCGUCCCGUCUGCCGCCCAACAAACCCCGCACUCGGUCUUUUCCUGAGAGGAUAAACGGACCGAGGAAGGAGGAGGAAAGAGAGACUUUGUUUUCCUUCCGUGCCGCGUGGAGGACUUGAUGAGUCAAUGGCAGGGGCUCAGCCUGGAGUCCACGCGCUGCAGCUCAAGCCGGUGUCCGUGCCUGAGAGCCUCAGACGGGGUAACAAAUUCAUGAAAUGGGACGAUGAUUCAACCACUGUGAGCCCUGUGACACUCACCGUUGACCCCAAAGGCUACUUCCUGUAUUGGACGGACCAGAACAAGGAGACAGACUUACUGGACAUAGCCUACAUAAAAGACGCCCGCAAUGGAAAAUGCACCAAAACGCCAAAGGAGGCCAAGCUGCGCGAGCUGCUGGACGUCAGCACGCUGGCGGGCAAGAUGGAGAACAGGAUGCUGACGGUGGUGAGCGGCACUGACAUGGUCAACAUCACCUACCUGAACUUCAUGGCCUUCCAGGAGGAGACGGCCAAGGAAUGGGCGGAGGAGCUCUUUAGUUUAGCGUCCAACCUCCUGGUGCAGAACAUGUCCAGAGAGGCCUGCCUGGACAAAGCAUACACGCGACUCAAGCUGCAGCUCAACCCUGACGGCCGCAUCCCCGUCAAGAACAUCUUCAGGGUAUUCUCGUCCGACAGAAAGCGAGUGGAGACGGCGUUGGAAAACUGCAACCUCCCCUCUGGCAGAAACGACUCUAUCCCCCAAGAGGACUUCACCCCGGAGGUCUACAAUCUGUUCCUUUGCAACAUCUGUCCGAGGCCCGAGCUGGACCACAUCUUCUGUGACGUAGGGGCCAAGUGUCGUCCAUUUCUGACCGUGGAGCAGAUGACGGAGUUCAUCAACAGCAAGCAGCGAGACCCCCGGCUCAACGAGAUUCUGUACCCGCCCCUCAAACCGGAGCAGGUCCAGCUGCUGGUGGACAAAUAUGAACCCAGUGGGACGUUGGCCCAAAAUGGUCAAAUCUCCGUGGAGGGCUUCGCCCGCUACUUGAACGGCGAAGAGAACAGCAUCAUUCCUCCAGAGAAGCUGGACCAGAGCGAAGACAUGACCUUUCCCCUUUCCCACUAUUUCAUCAACUCCUCGCACAACACUUACCUCACAGCCGGACAGCUGGCGGGGAACUCAUCGGUGGAGAUGUACAAGCAGGUGCUGCUGUCCGGGUGUCGCUGCAUCGAACUGGACUGCUGGAAGGGUCGCACCACGGAAGAGGAGCCUGUCAUCACCCACGGCUUCACCAUGACCACAGAGGUCUCCUUCAAGGAGGUGAUCGAGGCCAUUGCCGAGUGCGCCUUCAAGACCUCGCCAUUUCCCAUCAUCCUGUCUUUCGAGAACCACGUGGACUCACCCAAGCAGCAGGCCAAGAUGGCUGAGUACUGCCGCUCAAUAUUUGGAGACGCUCUGUUGACAGAACCUCUGGAUAAAUACCCCCUGGAGUCUGGUGUGCCACUGCCCAGCCCCAUGGAGCUGAUGGGGAAGAUCCUGGUGAAGAACAAGAAGAAGCACCACAAGGCGUCUUCUGACGGGAGCACCAAGAAGAAACUGUCAGAGCAGGUGUCCAACACCUACAGCGACUCGUCCAGCGUGUGCGAGCCGUCCUCGCCCAGCGCUGGUUCAACCAAGGAGGACAUGACAGAUUCCUCCCAACCAGCAGAGGGCGCUGAGCUUAGCCUGAGGACACAGGGCAGAAAAUCCAUCGGUGAGGUGGAGGCAGAAAGCGAGGAUGAAGAUGACGAUGAUGAUGACUGCAAAAAAGGAUCCAUGGACGAGGGCACGGCGGGCAGUGAGGCAUUCGCCACAGAAGAAAUGUCCAACCUCGUCAUCUACAUCCAGCCCGUCAAGUUUAACAGCUUUGAGGCUUCCAAAAAGACCAGUCGCAGUUACCAGAUGUCUUCUUUUGUGGAGACCAAAGCAUUGGAGCAGCUGACAAAAUCGCCUGUGGAAUUUGUGGAAUACAACAAAUUGCAGCUAAGCAGGAUUUACCCUAAAGGCACCCGGGUGGAUUCGUCAAACUACAACCCUCAGCUCUUCUGGAACGCCGGCUGUCAGCUGGUGGCGCUCAACUUCCAGACCAUCGAUCUGUCCAUGCAGCUCAACCUGGGCAUGUAUGAGUACAACGGCAAGAGCGGAUUUCGUCUCAAACCGGAGUUCAUGAGGCGGCCGGACAAGCACUUUGAUCCGUUCACCGAGAACACUGUCGACGGAAUUGUAGCAAACACGCUCUCUGUGAAAAUCAUCUCGGGUCAGUUCCUCUCCGAUAAGAAAGUGGGCACCUACGUAGAGAUUGACAUGUUCGGACUGCCCGUGGACACCAAGAGGAAGGCCUUCAAAACCAAAACGUCUCAGAGCAACGGCGUCAACCCCGUCUGGGAGGAGGAGGCCAUCGUCUUCAAGAAGGUGGUCCUCCCCACGCUGGCGUCUUUGAGGAUCGCCGUGUUCGAAGAGGGAGGAAAGUUCAUCGGACACCGACUCAUCCCUGUGUCGGCCAUUCGUCCAGGCUACCAUUACGUCAACCUAAGGAAUGAGAAGAACCAGUCGCUCACGUUGCCCGCACUCUUCGUCUACGUGGAAGUCAAAGAUUACGUCCCGGACACAUUUGCAGACGUCAUUGAGGCUUUGUCCAACCCCAUCCGCUACGUCAACCUGAUGGAGCAGAGAGCCAAUCAGCUGGCGGCGCUCACCCUGGAGGAGGGCGGAGACGAGGAGGCCGACAAAGAGGUGGAGGCUGGCAGCGACCCCCCGUUAGACUCUAAGGUGGACCUGAGAGUUGUGUUGCCUGCAGAGAACGGACUGAGCCUCAUCCCCAUUGCCCCCAAACCCCCGUCGCUGGUCGGCCAUCAGCCUCAAUCUGCAGGCUCUCUCAAACCUGCAGUGAAGACGGAGGACAUCAUCCAGAGCGUGCUCACAGAACUGGAAGCUCAGACUGUGGAGGAGCUGAAGCAGCAGAAAGGCUUUGUGCGUGAGCAGCGAAAGCAGUACAAGGAGAUGAAGGAGCUAGUGCGCAAACAUCACCGCAAGACCGGCGAGCUUAUUAAGGAGCACACGACCCGCACCUCCGAGCUCCAGAGCCAGCACCAGCGCCGCCGCUCGGCCCUGCAGAAGAGCCACAAACGAGAUGGUAAGAAAAGCCGGUCAGAGCAGUCGUUGUCCGCGCUGGACCAGGAGCUGAGCGAGCUGGACCAGGACUGCAGCCUGCGUGUGUCGGAGUUGAAGGAGCAGCAGCAGCAGCAGCUCCUCACGCUGCGCCAGGAGCAGUACUACAGCGAGAAGUACCAGAAGAGGGAACACAUUAAGCAGCUAGUAGAGAAACUGACCGCCCUCGCCGAGGAGUGCCAGAGUGCACAGCUCAAGAAGCUGAGGGACAUCUGCGAAAAGGAGAAGAAGGACCUGAAGAAGAAAAUGGACAAGAAGAGACAGGAGAAGAUCAGUGAAGCCAAGUCCAAAGACAAGAACAUCACAGAGGAAGAGAAGCUGGAGAUAAACAGAUCAUUUGUCAAUGAGGUGGUGCAGUACAUAAAACGGCUGGAGGACGCCCAGAGUAAGCGCCAGGAGCGUCUGCAGGAGAAACAUAAGGACAUCCGCCAGCAGAUUUUGGACGAAAGGCCAAAACUGCAGAGCGAUCUGGACCAGGAGUACCAGGACAAGUUCCGUCGACUUCCGGUGGAGAUCCAAGAGUUUGUCCAGGACAGCGGCAAGGCCAAGCUGGGUGAAGACAAUCUCCGUGGCAACCUGAUGUCCUCCUCCUCGACGGUGGAGAGGCUCAACCACAAGGCGUCGCAGUCAGAGGACGACACCGAGGACGGCUCGCUAGAGCGCGUCUACGACACGCCGCUUUAGUCUAGUUGGACAUCUUUGCGAGGACUUGAUCUGCUACCGGUGAGUAGCAGGGGUCUUUUAGGGUUCAUAAAACCUUUUGUGUGUUUGUCACCUGUGUGUUACCAGGCAUUAACUAUUUGACGCAACUAACUUACUUGAACUAUUGCACAUGUUCAUGUUGUCUACUCAUGAUGACGGUCAUAAUGGUCAUGAUGAUCAUGAUAGUCGUCACAGUUAUAAUGGUCAUGGUGGUUACGAUGGUUAUGAUAGUCAUGGUGGAGCACAGAAAGAAACAUAUGUCACUUGACUGCACUGAUUGCUCACUUCCAGCAACUGCUGGGUUCUUAAGUUUGUUUUCACAAGGACAAAGCUGCUAUUUUUUUACAAACAUCAACAUGUAAUUCUCUGCCACAUUUAUGCAUGGUGAUGUUCUAUUUUUUACGUAGUUUUCCCUUCAAUUGAUGUCAUUUUGGGCAGUUUUUUAGCCCGACACAGUCAUGUAAAGUACUGCAUGUACUUCAACUGUAGAUGCAGUAUUGCAGUAGCCCAGUAGCUGCUUCUUUCACUCCUGUGAAGCCACGAAUGCUGUUUAACGUGAUUUAAGUGUUAAAGUUCCCAUAUUAAGCAAUUUUUUUAUAAUGUUUUAACAGAAAUAUGUAUCCAUUAGGCCUGUUCAUGAGCAGCAAACCUGAGAAAAAUAUAUCAUUUAUUAUCACCAGGUACUCAAACACUCCCUUUUACUGUAAAGUUGCGACUUUUCAUGAACAAAAACUCAUCCAGACUUUGUUACAUUUCUUAAAAUGAAGCCGGAUGCUCUGACAACUAUCUAUUAGUCAGCUUCUUCAACGAGUAUGCUAACCUAGCAUGGUGUUGCUGUUAAAAUGUGAUUGUAAUGAUACUGUAGCUAUGCUCGUGUUGCUAAUGUUUGUCUGUGCCUGUGCCCUGAUCCAUUUUUUUAUUGUUACAUUGUUGUGUGUCAUAUAUGGCAUCUACGGUAGUAACUCAGGAUACGAGUGCCCAAGCUUACAAGCUUUUGGAAGUUACAAGCUAUCUCCCAGCUAAUUGUUAGGCUUAAGGUUACGAGAAAAAAAAAAUUGUGUUACGAGCCUCCCCACCAUCACAGUGAACACCGUAAGAUCUGACCAAAACAUCUGGUCUUACUCGCUAGCAUUAGCUUAAAGCGAGAGAUGGACAUAACUUUGUUUUUCCAGUCAUGGGAAGGAAGAAAGUGAGUGUAAAGAAUAGUGCUGAGAAUAAGAAGUGGAUGAUAUUUAUUAAUUUUUAUUAAAAUAAAUAAUCAAAAAACAAGACAGAGUGUGUAUCUAACUUGGUGAAGCAGUUGAAGCGUAGCACUGCUCGUCUGCGGCAUACUGAAGCAGAAUAAGCUAAGUAUGUUAAAAUUAUAUUUGAACGUAAGUCUCCUCUGGCCAUGAAAAUAUGGAGAAGCUGCUAAUGGUGUAGUGACGGAAAAGCAGCUAGAAGGAGUCGACUCUCCAAGGCAAAUGCUUCUAAUCUAGUCUAGCUCUAAGAUCGGUAGGUCGUGAGUUCAAACCCCGGCCGAGUCAUACCAAAGACUAUAAAAAUGGGACCCAUUACCUCCCUGCUUGGCACUCAGCAUCAAGGGUUGGAAUUGGGGGUUAAAUCGACACGGCCACCGCUGCUGCUCACUGCUCCCCUCACCUCCCAGGGGUGGAACAAUGGGACAGGUCAAAUGCAGAGGAUAAUUUCACCACACCUAGUGUGUGUGUGACUAUCAGUGGUACUUUAACUUUAACUUCAUAAAACUACUGUCGUUGUUUGUACUACAUUCUAUAGUAUUGUUUUUCAUAUAAUAUUUCUUAACUAAAAGUUUGUUUUUCUUUUUAAAGGUCAUGUUACAGGUUGAAAUUGUGCUGUUUUGUGUGGGGGGGGGGGCAACUUUAAUUAAUUUCAAGAGUGACGCUGUUUCAAGUUUUUCGAGGUACGAGCUGCGUCCCAAAACACGUAUCCUGAGUCACCACCACUGUAAUACAAAUGCAAAGUUACAGUGUGAAUGUAAAACUACUUUUAAACUGUGUAAAUUCCAGCAUCAAGGCUAGAUUUUGGACAACAAACUUCAAAUACACUUUUGUGGGACCCCUUGUUAAAACACUAGUAAUAUGAGACCGUUAACACAACUUUUCAAGCAAGUAUAUAUCUUUGUGUAAGUACAAAAAUACAUUUUAUUUUUACUUUACUACACAACUGUACAAAAGGUAGGGCACUAAAUAUCAUUUGAAACUGGACCAGUGGCGAUUUUAUAUGAAAGAAAUAGUUACUGUAUACUGUAGGGGUCAUCACUUGCGACUGCCAUGACGGACAGGGACGAUGACACUUUGAAUUGUAUUUUCAUUUAUGAAGACCACUAAUAACUCUACUACUACUGCUGUUUUUAUGUGUGUUGUUUAAUGUUGCACCACCCUGUCACGCUACACCACUGUGACCGCCAACUGCUUCUACAGGGAAGAAAAAAAACCUUCACGAUUGACUAUAAAAACAUCAUGAUUGAUCCAAUAUUUGAACUAUCUGGCUGGCGCACAGACAUGAAUCAACAGAAUGGCCGUUAUUUUUCUUCCUGCUCAUGUCACAUGACUGCCAGGCCACUUGUUGCUAGGCAGACAUCAUAACCUCGUUGUUAACUGCCUUUUUGACCAAUCACAAAACACAAAAGGGAAGUCACGUCCACUCGGCUGUUUAUGAGACGACCAAAAUAAACACAUAAAUCAGACACACCACUGCUCUGUAGUCAAUACAAAAGACACAUUUGCCAAAAUGUCACCGUGUUUCCAUUAUACUCAGACAUAACAAACAAUAAUAAAUGAAAUAAUAAUUUUUUGUAUUGCCUGACGAAAAGACAAAAUCGUGAUGUGUCGUAUGUGCUAAGUGACUUUGGCAUCGCUUUUCCUUGUUUGAUGUAGAAUGAGUGACGUGCAUCCUGAUGUUCAUAAUUAUAUUCCUAUGAUUAUGAAAUGAUGAUGUGGGAUAUUUAACAGGCCGCCACAUGUGCACUUUGGAGUACCACUACUGAGAAAAGAUUGUUGUUAUUUUUUUAAUUUCUGCAUCAUCUUGAACUAUUCGAUUUGAUUAAUCAUCCAGCCAUGUUAGUUUGCACUCUGACGGAUGUGAGGAUAAAACAUAGACAUGGAUCCAAGAGGAAAAUAUCAUAAUGUAAACGGAGAUUUGCUUGUAAGAAAAAUAAACGUGGUUAUUAUUGUAACUUGCAAUUUCUGUAUUCAUUGUUUCGUUUGUUUUUUUUAGCUUCUUCAUUGUCUUUUUUUGUUUUCAGCCAUCAGGUUUGUCCUUUGUGUUCAUGACUUAACCCUAUAUUGAUGUCAGGCUUGCUACUGACAGUUUGGUCAUGUUUUGGUUUUUCUGUGUUUUGGUGUUUUAAUUCCUGUCCAGUGUUAUUUUUAGUUUCUACUUCCUGUGUUUAGAAGCACUUCCUGUCCUUGUGCUCUUGUUUUGUCUGUAUUUCCUGUUUUGAAGCACCUUUACUUUCUGUUCCAUGUCCUGUCAGCACACCUGAUUCUCAUUUAAUUAGUUCCACCUGGGUCCCUCCUUCGGUGCUGGAUCAUUGUACUUUGGAGACUGAUGCUUAGUGUGCUGUUUUUGUUUGUUCCCUGCUUCCCGGACUAUUAAAUUAGUUUUACUUGCAAGCCGUCUGCUAUCUCUGCAUCUUUGGGGUCAGGUCACGCUGCAAGAAACGCUCACCGGAUCGCGACAAUUGAAUUACUUCAAUAUUUCAAGGACGUUCUUGACAAAUUAACAUUUUAUUUACAUUUUGUGAGUGUUUGCAAAGUUGUCCUUGCUCUAAAAGGGGUUAACAAACACGUUCACACAAGAGGAUGUUACACUCGGUGCAAAU